CUUGAUUACUGGAGGACCUUCAGCUCUCUGGGUAUUUCAGAUAAGUUGCUUUGCUUUUGCCCUGUUGUUCUUUGAGGAGUGUCUGGAAAAGCCUUUUAAUUUUGGCUGGAGUUGUAGAUUUUGGAACUGGGUUGUGAUUGUUUGUACAAAUUUGGGUUUGGUCUUGGAAUCUAGGAAAUGGGGUUUCUGUUUGGUUUUGGUGUUGGGAGGAACUGAAAAGGUGCAUACUUGAAGAUUUGGAUAGUAGGAUUGGUGACCAUGAUUCGUUUUUUGUGUUUGACUGCAUGGAAUAUGUGAUUAUAUGAAUCUGUGGAAUAUGUGGUAGUAAUGGUUUCAUGGUGUUGAUCUGAAAUCUUGUUUACAAUAAGAAUGGAUGGGCAUUUGUCACAAGGAGGUAGGAUUCCUGGUGGGGGAAGUUAUGUUGGUCUUGAUUUGCAAGGGUCAAUGAGGGCUCAUCAUCAGACCCAACACCCACACAACCUACAACAGCAGCAGCAGCAGCAGCAUCAAAUUUCUCGGCAAGGAUCAAUGGUGCACCCCUCGAUUCACGAGGGUUUUCCUGUCAAAAUGGGAACUAUGCAUAAUUGUGAUCGGACCCUUUCGAUGGUAGAUUACAAUAAGGGAGAGAAAUGCAAGAACUCGAUGAGUGAUGAGGAUGAGCCGAGUUAUACGGAGGAGGGUGUUGAUAGUCAUAUUGAAGCAAGUAGGGGGAAGAAGGGGUCUCCCUGGCAGCGUGUUAAGUGGACGGAUAAGAUGGUGAGGCUUCUGAUAACUGCAGUAUCUUAUAUAGGUGAGGAUAUUGGUUCAGAUUGUGGUGGCGGGGUGAGAAGGAAGUUUUCUGCUCUACAGAAGAAGGGAAAGUGGAAAUCUGUUUCCAAGGUCAUGGCAGAAAGGGGUUAUCAUGUUUCUCCGCAGCAGUGUGAGGAUAAAUUCAAUGACCUUAAUAAAAGGUAUAAGAAACUUAAUGACAUGCUGGGGAGGGGCACUUCUUGCCAGGUUGUUGAGAACCCUGCACUUUUGGAUGUGAUUGAUUACUUAACAGAGAAAGAAAAAGAUGAUGUGAGGAAAAUAUUAAGUUCAAAGCACCUGUUUUAUGAAGAGAUGUGUUCCUAUCAUAAUGGUAAUCGGUUGCAUCUGCCUCACGAUCCAGCAUUGCAGCAUGCCUUGCAGGAGGCUCUUAGAAAUAGAGAUGAUCAUGAUACUGAUGAUCUGAGGAGGCAUCACCAUGAUGAUCUUGAUGAAGAUGAUCAAGAUAUGGAAACUGAUGAGCGUGAUGAUUUUGAGGAAAAUAAUGUUUCACAUGGUGAAAACAGGGGAAUGUUUGGUGGGUCAGGAGACUCUGUGAAGAGGUUGAGGCAAUGUCAAGGCCGUGAAGAUAUUAACUUUGGUGGUUUUUUGAAUGCACAAGAUUGUAACAAAAGUUCUUAUUCUCAUCCCCAAAUUGCCCAAGGUGAUAUUAAUCAAGCCUUACCUGAUAGCACAAAAGCUGCUUGGUUACAGAAGCAGUGGAUUGAAUCGCGGUCUGUUCAGUUAGAAGAACAGAGGCUACAAAUUCAAGUUGAGAUGUUAGAAUUGGAGAAACAGCGUCUCAAGUGGCAAAAAUUUAGCAAGAAAAGGGAUCGUGAACUGGAAAAGCUGAAGAUGGAAAAUGAGAGAAUGAAGCUUGAGAAUGAGCGUAUGGCAUUAGAAUUGAAAAGGAAGGAAAUGGGUGCCGGAUUUAGCUAAAUGGCUGUUCUGAACUUCCAAUUAAUCUUUACAGCAAUUGUGGUACUUGUGGGCAACAUGGUUUCUUUUUAAAUUGGCUGUUUGGAAUAUGAAACAACCAG